ACGAGGGGUUUGGCUGUGGUGGCUUGUGGGCAUUGAUAAGGUCAGAGAAGGAGGGAGGGCACCGGGGCAAAAUCAGAGACAACAGCCUGAGAGAAGUUUAUCUUGGUGCCUCUGCAGUUUCGUCAGCGGUUCAGGAGAGCAUGGCCUCUCUGUGAAGUGAAGAGGUCAUGAAGUGACUCUGAAAGAAAUGAGCGUUAUCAGGCUUCUCUCCAGGUUUUGCCAAUAAAGCUGAGGGUAUAGUUGUAAAACACAAUGGCAGACUGGAACUUGUUAGGGAAGCUGCUGGAAAGUGCUCAAGAGCACUCCACUGUAGUGGGAAAAGUCUGGCUGACAGUGCUGUUCAUCUUCCGCAUCCUGGUGCUGGGGGCUGCUGCGGAGAAGGUGUGGGGCGACGAGCAGUCCAGCUUCACGUGUGACACCAAGCAGCCUGGUUGUCAGAACGUCUGCUAUGACAAGACCUUCCCCAUUUCUCACAUCCGCUUCUGGGUGAUGCAGAUCAUCUUUGUCUCCAUGCCGACUCUCAUUUAUCUUGGUCACAUCCUUCAUUUGGUCCGCAUGGAGGAGAAGGAGAAGCAGAAACAAAAGGAGCUUGGUAUGCAGAGUGAAGACCAGCAGCAGGUGUUCUGCCAUAAGGCCAAAAAGCCCCCAGUUAAAGACAAGCAGGGCCAUGCGCGAUUGCAAGGUGCGCUGCUGCGAACCUAUGUCUUCAACAUUAUUUUUAAGACCCUGUUUGAGGUGGGGUUUAUUGUAGCUCAGUAUUUUCUCUACGGGUUUGAGCUCAAGGCUAUGUACACCUGUGACCGCUGGCCUUGCCCAAACAUGGUGAACUGCUACAUCUCCCGCCCCACUGAGAAGACAAUCUUCAUCCUUUUCAUGCUGGCUGUGGCCUGCGUCUCACUGCUGCUCAACCUGGUGGAAAUGUACCAUCUAGGUUUUACAAAGUGCCACCAGGGUCUUCGUUACAGGAGUUCAAAAACUGCACGUGAGGCUUCCAAAGCUCUAAGUGAGCCAGUCAUGCCCUUUGUCCCAAGCUACAACUACUUUGAAAGUCAUUCUGCUGUGCCCGAACCUUUCCCGACAAAGUACAGCACACCGGAGCCAAACUCUGCUUACAACAGCAAGGUGGCCUACAAACAGAACAGAGAUAAUAUGGCUGUGGAGAAGAAAGGUAAAGCUGAGGAAGAUGAAAUAAGGGGGAGGAAAAUCUCCAGUCCUGUCUUUGAGAUGCCCAUAGAAAAUCACAGCAGAAACAGUCAGUCAAGCAAGCACAGCAACUUCAAGAGCAGGAUGGAUGACCUGAAGAUCUAAGGAUAUUAACUGCACAUGAAUCCAUGAAGACUCAGGAAUAACAGGAGACACCACUAUGCAUUAACAUGAAAAACUAUGGAGUGAAUACAAAGCAGAUAUCUGCUUGGAAACUAAGAUUUAAGGGCACUCAGGGAGACACUUUGGUGGCAGAUUCAGUGCUUUUAUUAUAAUGUGAAAACUAAUAACAGUGGGCUUCACUGAAUACACUUUGCAACUUCCACUGAUAAUCUUUCAUAUUUGUGUUUUUAAUGCAGACCAACAAACUCAAAAUGUUAUGUUUACAGUGGUUUUACUUCAGUGAGUACUGUGAGAUGAGAAACGUGCCAACAGAAGAUGAAAUAAGUGAUGCUGGACUAAUAUGAAUGUUUUACAGAAACAGACUUUGUGACUAUUUUCUUCCAUGUUCAUGAUUGUUGCUUUUAUUGCUCAAAUACUGGUAAUAAAUGUCAGCUUUUUGAUGAGAAUUUAAUACAGAAAAGUACAUAUAGCUUCUGCUAGGAUACAAGCACCCACGCAUUGUAUUUGUGACUACAUGCGUUGAUUAAAGUGUUUUGUCAAAA